GCGGCAGCUACAACUUCGCUUCCCUUGCCAGGAGCUCCAGGAAAGAUGAAAGCUCUGGGAGGAAAAGACGUCUUUGUCGGCCAGGUACCGGGGCUUUAACACUUCCUACGUCUCCAUCAGGCCCAUGAAACAGCAAGAGCAGCAGGAAAUUGAUGUCUAUUUGAAUUAAAGAUGCCACUCAUUAAGAGGAUCAUUGAACCACGGCAUCUGUGUCAUGGGGCCUUACCAGAAGGUGUCACCAGUGAGUUGGAAUGUGUGACAAACAGCACAUUAGCUGCCAUUAUAAAGCAGCUUGGCAGUCUCAGUAGACAUGCUGAAGAUAUAUUUGGAGAGCUUUUUAAUGAAGCUAACAAUUUCUGUAUGCGAGUUAAUUGUCUCCAGGAGAGAAUUGAUUGCCUGGCAAUUAAAGUCACCCAACUAGAUUCCACUGUGGAAGAAGUCUCGCUGCAGGACAUCAACAUGAGGAAAGCAUUUAAGAGUUCAACCACACAAAACCAGCAGGUGGUUUCACGGAAUACUAUUCCAAAUCCAGUGUUGGAAAUGUUCCAGCAAUGUGACAAGCCUCCACCUCUCAAUAUCCUGACACCAUACAGGGAUGACAGAAAAGAUGGACUGAAAUUUUACACAGAUUCUUCCUAUUUCUUCAAUUUGUGGAAGGAGAAGAUGCUGCAGGCCACAGAGGAUAAAAGAAAGGAAAAACGAAGGCAAAAGGAGCAGAAACUGGUAGAAGAUGCCACUCGUGAGGUGAAGAAAGUCCGCAAAGCUCGAACCAGGCGGCCAGAGUGGGACAUGAUGGGACGUGAUAAAGAAUUUAGAGCUGAUCACAGGUUCUCUCCAUCACCAUACCAUGCUGCAUCUUCUGAAGGAUCAGUAUCACCAGAUACCAGGUCCUAUGUAUCUGAUGUUGGAGAGCUUUCGUAUCCUGCUAGUCCAAAUCAUCCUGUUCAGCAGUCUGCAGUUUCUUAUGUACCUGAUAAUAAAGAGCUUUUAACAGCUGUAACCCAGGCACAGGAUCGUGCAUACAGAUUACCUACCACAAAUAUUAGGCAAACCUCACUUACUAGAGCUCAGCAACCCCACCUGACGCAACCUGCUGAGGCUAUCCUCAAUGGGCCAAGACCUCAGCUUCUGAAAGACUACAGUGCACAGCCAGUGCAGUUGGCAGAGUACUACACACCACCUGUUCCUGCUCCUCCUCCUCCACCGCCUCCCCUCAUUCCUUCAGCCCAAACUGCAUUUGACAGUCCUAUCUCUGCACCUCCCCCACUUGCACUUGGAUCAGUGGCAGCUGCGGGCCGCACAUACACCCCUUCACCACCUCCACCUGCGCCUCCAUUGUCUUAUACCCCACCUCCUCCUGGCCCUCCUGCUGCACCGCCGCCUCCUCCACCUGGCCCACCCCUGUUGGUCCCCUCUCCCUUGCACACUGCCUCACCACCAUCUGCAACUGAAAUAAAGAAAGUCCAAGCAACUCUAAUGCCAAUCAGUGAUGCUCGAAGUGACUUGCUCGCUGCUAUUCGAAGAGGAAUUCAGCUUCGAAAAGUACAAGAACAAAGAGAGCAAGAAGCCAAAAAGGAACCCGUUGGGAAUGAUGUGGCGACCAUAUUAUCUCGCAGAAUUGCGGUAGAGUACAGUGAGUCUGACGAUGACUCAGAACUGGAUGAGAAUGAGUGGUCUGAUUAGCAAGCUCACUUAGGAUAUUUAAAUCAUGUUUGGAGUGACCCAGCCUUAGGGUUUUCUGUUUGUUUUUCAGGAGUGGGGUGCAGAUACAUUUACAUAGUUAAUGUAACC